AUGGCUGACACAGACCUUCGCAUGCCCGAUGUGCAACUCCAAACACCUCAACAUGAAGAACUACUCAACAUCAUUGACACGUUGCGCUCGCUGGGAAUCGGCAGAUAUGUUGACCUUCCCCAGAUCAUCGUGUGCGGUGAUCAGAGUUCGGGAAAGUCAAGUGCAUUGGAAGCAAUUUCUGGGCUUCGCUUUCCUACCAAAGACAACCUAUGCACUCGAUUUGCAACAGAACUCAUUCUGAGACGAGCUCCGGUGGCAAGUGUUACUGUCACGAUCAUACCUGCACCAGAUUGCCCAGAAGAAAUCGCCAAAGUACUCUCGUUCUUCAAACCACCCUCGAACUCCAUCGACGAAUUUGCCAAAAUCGUCCUUGCGGCUGAGGAGGCCAUGGGCUUGAAUGGCUCCAACAAAGUGUUUUCAAAAGAUGUCCUAAGAGUUGAGCUCUGCGGUCCGACUCAGCCACAUCUUACUCUCGUCGACCUUCCGGGCAUCUUUUGGGCUGGAGACAAAUCCCAAUCUGAUGAUGACGCCACGCUUGUUCGAUCCCUUGUCGAGUCAUACAUGAAAAAGACGCGAAGCAUCGUGUUGGCCGUUAUUUCGGCGAAGAGCGACCUAGCAAUGCAAGUCAUCACGAAGCUGGCACGCGAGAUUGACCCACAAGGUCUAAGAACCAUGGGCAUUAUCACCAAGCCGGACCUGUUGCACGCAGACUCUGACAGCGAAACUGCGUUCGUGAAGCUCGCAAAAAACGAAAACAUUCAGUUUAAACUAGGCUGGCAUGUCUUGAAGAACCGCGAUUACGACACGCGUCACACUACACGAGCUGAACGAGAUGCUGCGGAAGAAGAGUUCUUCGACAAACGUGUUUGGUCUUCGGCCUUGAUGAAGUCUCAGUUGGGCGUGGCAACUCUCCGGCCUCGUCUGAGUCGCGUGUUGUUGGCUCAGAUCUUGACAGAACUUCCAGGACUCGUUCAAGACGUUGGGAGCGAGCUUCAGAAUUGUAAAGAUCGUUUGGCUCAGCUCGGUGAACCUCGAGGUACACUGGGUGAACAACGUCUGUAUCUCUUGAAAGCAAGUCAUACUUUUGUCGACUUGAUGAGGAGUGCAGUCGGUGGUUCGUAUUUCGACGCAUUCUUUGGGUCUUCGGAGACUUCCGAAGGAUAUAACAAACGUCUUCGUGCCGUGAUUCAGUACAAAAUGGCGGCAUUUGCGGAGAAGAUGACGAAAGAGGGCCAGGAUGUUCAGAUUGUUGACGAAAAGAUCGCUGCCCAGUUCCGUGGAAGCAGCUUCAAGGUCAUAUCUCGGGAUAAGUAUCUUGAGCAAGUUACAGAGAGAAUGCGUCGAAAUCGCGGACUGGAAUUGCCAGGUCUCUUCAACCCCUCCAUUGUAGGCGAUCUUUUCUAUGAGCAGGCAAAACCAUGGUCAUCUAUCGUUGGAGAUACCGCAGAGGAGCUAGUCAAUUCAGUUCGAACAACUGUCGACCUCGUACUGGAUCGAAGCGCUGACAGCGUCACCAAAGAAGGAAUCCUACGCCAUAUCAUCCUACCCAAUAUGGAUCCCAUCUGCGACAAGUUGUACUCCAAGGUCGAAGAAGUCUUGAGACCCCAUGUCAGAGGUCAUCCUUUGACGUUCAAUCACUAUUUCACCGAAAACCUGCAAAAGAAACGACAGAAACAAACGAGCGCGAGCGUUAUGGCUAAGCUUAGGUCUUUCUUUGGCUUGCGUGCCUCUGUUACUGAUGAGCAGAUUAUUCAGCCCAGUUUUUCAUUGAAAAACCUUGUCAAAACCCUUGUCGUGGAGUCAGAACUGGAUAUGGAGAAGUUUGCCUCAAUCGAGGCUCUGAAUGCCAUGCAGGCUUAUUACAAGGUCGCACUCAAGUCCAUUGUCGACUCAUUCGGCAUGUACGCAGUCGAAGAUUGCCUUCUUCAACCGCUACCUGAGAUCUUCAGUCCAGAGAUCGUCUUCGGUCUUAAGGACGAGGUCGUCACAGCUAUUGCUGGUGAAUCUCAGGAGAUUGCUGCCGAACGUGAGGAUUUGGAGAAAAAGCUGGAGAGCUUGCAGCGGACCAUGCAUACACUAGCACGCCUCAAGACAUUGAAGAGCCCAGGUAAGGACUAUUCUGUACCACGAAAAAUAAACCGUGGCUGA